AUGCCAACAAUCAGUAAUCUCUUCACUGUGCUCUUCUUGUUGGUUUCAAAUGCUUUUGUUUAUGGAAUUUGUGAUGCUUCCUCUUACUCUAGUCUCGUAAGCAGUAGUCUCGAUCAUCAACUUCAUGCUCCCAAUCCCAUUACUGAACAACCACUCGCCAAGAUCGCCCUUCACAAAGCCAUUAUUGCUCUCCAUGCAUCAGCUUCUGUUCGUGUUAACCCUACCCUUCUUGGGGCUAAGGGAGAUGAUACUGAAUGGGUGAAUGUAGAACUGGAUUACCCUGAAGCAACUCAAGCUGACUGGGUUGGAGUUUUUUCUCCAGCAAAAUUCAACUCAUCAGAAUCAGAAUAUUGCUCCUCUGAAACUCCAUUCAUAUGUACAGCCCCAAUUAAGUAUAAGUUUGCAAACCACUCCACUUUCGAUUAUAUUCAAACAGGAAAAGCAUCACUAAGCUUCCAGAUUAUAAAUCAACGUGCAGAUUUCGCAUUUGCACUAUUUACAGGAGGAUUGGAAAAUCCAAAGUUGGUUGCUGUUUCGGAUCCCAUAUCAUUUGCAAACCCCAAGGCCCCUCUAUGGCCUCGUCUUGCCCAAGGAAAGACUUGGGAUGAGAUGACAGUAACUUGGACCAGUGGAUACAACAUUGAUGAAGCCACUCCAGUUGUAGAGUGGGGUUGGAAGGGUCAAAGUCAACUUUCUUCCGCAGGAACAUUGACCUUUACACGUGGCAGCAUGUGUGGUCCACCUGCACGUACAAUUGGAUGGCGUGCUCCUGGUUUUAUCCACACUAGUUCCUUAAAGGAAUUGUGGCCAAACACAAUAUACGAUUACAGAAUGGGGCAUAUGCUUUUAAACGGAUCGAUUAUUUGGAGUAAAACAUAUACAUUCAAAUCAUCUCCAUAUCCAGGACAAGAUUCAUUGCAACGUGUUAUUAUAUUUGGAGACAUGGGAAAGGCAGAACGUGAUGGAUCAAAUGAGUAUGCCACUUAUCAGCCAGGAUCACUUGUUACUACAGAUGAAUUAGUCAAUGACCUUGACAACUAUGAUAUAGUGUUCCAUAUAGGAGAUUUGUCAUACGCAAAUGGAUUUCUUUCACAAUGGGAUCAGUUCAUAGCACAAAUCGAACCCAUUUCAUCAAUAAAGCCAUACAUGAUUGCGAGUGGGAACCACGAACGUGAUUUUCCCAAUUCGGGAUCUUUCUAUGACACGCGUGAUUCAGGUGGGGAAUGUGGCGUGCCUGCCCAGACCAUGUACUAUGUUCCAGCAGAUAACAGAGCUAAAUUUUGGUACUCAACAGAUUAUGGGAUGUUUCACUUUUGUAUAGCGGAUUCAGAGCAUGAUUGGAGAGAGGGUUCAGAACAAUAUGCAUGGUUGGAGAAAUGUUUUGCAUCGGUUGACAGGCAAAAACAGCCAUGGCUGAUUUUUGCUGCUCAUCGUGUUCUUGGCUAUUCUUCCAACAACUGGUUAGCCAAUGCGGGUGCCUUUGAAGAGCCCAUGGGACGUGCAAACUUGCAGAAGUUGUGGCAGAAAUACAAGGUGGACAUUGCAUUAUAUGGACAUGUUCAUAAUUAUGAAAGAACUUGUCCUAUUUACCAGAAUCAAUGUGUAAACUUGGAAACGUCUCAUUAUUCUGGAACUGUGAGAGGAACAAUCCAUGUUGUUGUUGGUGGAGGAGGGGGGCAUUUGUCAGAUUUUACUGAGAUUAAUACGUAUUGGAGUUUGUAUAAAGAUCACGAUUGGGGAUUUGUGAAACUAACAGCGUUUAACCACUCUUCACUCCUAUUUGAAUAUAAGAAGAGUAGAGAUGGUUUGGUUUAUGAUAAUUUUACAAUCUCAAGGGAUUAUAGAGAUGUUUUGGCAUGUGUGCAUGAUGGAUGUGAAGCUACCACCUUGGCAAUUUAG